GUGACGAGUUGAGACAUGCACAUAUAACCAACGUCAUGGGUCGUCCUAAUCACAUCUCCCUGACCUGAGCCUCCCGUAACACCAAUCAUCAUGCCCAAGUUCGCUCUCUUUCUCACUCUCUUUGCAGCUGUGGUGCAGUCAAGUCCAACGCCAGACGUCAUUGAACAAAGCUAUGCUAAAGGCAAGCUGCCUGAAGAGCUCUGCAAAAAGGUUCACGUCGUCGUCAAAGCACUCAAGGCCCACAAGGCCAUAUCUUUCUGCUCCUCCUAUCUAAGUAUCCCUGCGGUAACAUCUACUUCUGCAGUUACAGCAACCAGUGUAAUCACCGUCGAAGUGACUGCGACCACCACUGCACCUACGAGUGUCACCACAACCACUUCAGUAGUAACAGUGCCUGGCACGACUUCGUACGUGUUCCAACCUGGCAACUCACCAGCUCCUGGUACGCACAGACGAGAUCGUCUUAUACCAGAACGCAAAGAACAACCUGAAAAGCCCGACUAUCUCAACGUGUUUGGCAAUGACAUUAUCUCGGCUGGCUGUGGAUGCUUGGACAUCCCAAUAAAGACCAUCGUGGUUAGUGAAACAGCAACGGCGACGUCUACUGCUACUAUCACGGAAACGAUAGCAUCAACCCCUCUUGCUACAUCUACGACUACAAGCACAGAAACAAGCUCUGAUAGGAUAAUCACACUGUACCCAUGUGCAACACCACUCCCUACACUCAUUUCGACUCUCCCGUAUGGAGAUGCUGUCUCAUCAAACGACCUUGGUAUCCAGAAUACGCGGUUUGACCUCAACGAUGCCAGAGGUGCGAGUGCCGAAGCUUGCUGUAACACAUGCUAUUUUGGUAUACCCAAUUGCAUCCAAGCUUUCUUCUACUCGUAUCAAGGCUGCGUAGUGCAACAAGCUUUCAACCAGGGCAGUGGUGUGGGAGUGUCAGUCUCGUGUCCCAGUGGUCUGUUUUCCGGAUUGACAUACACGCUGGACACGAGUCCUGCUUUCAGGAGUACGGGCGACUUUGCCGGGCCUUGCGGCGUUCAAUAUAAUAAUUUCUAAAGUCGCUUGCCAUGUAUAAGUUCGAGGAAAUGGUAGAGGGAGAAGUGGGGCAACGUUGGAUGACAAAUGCUGAUUGGCCGAGACUGAACUUUU